AAUCUAGAAUAGUAACAACAAAUUUCUUUUCUCGGUUUACUUUAAUCUAUGCCAACACACUCGAAUUUUUAUUCUCGGCUUCUCUGAUUGUAAUGUCAGUUACAUCUUACAUCGUAAUGUUUUAUACUUGUUGAAAUGAACUUUUUGAUUGUUUAUAAUCAUUUAUUAAUGUUUUAAUACUCAUGAAAUAACAGUAAAGAGUUUUAACUGCACGUGUAUUGUUUAAAUGCGUCUUAUUUAUUAAGCGAAAUAAACCUCGCUUUCCUUAUAAGAUCACUGAAGAUCAUUAUUUCAUAAGAUGGCUGAUUCCAGCGAUUUGGAUCGGCAAAUAGAACAACUAAAAAAAUGUGAAAUUAUCAAAGAAGCUGAAGUUAAAGCUCUUUGUGCAAAGGCACGAGAAAUUCUUAUUGAAGAAAGUAAUGUACAAAGAGUUGAUUCUCCAGUUACUGUAUGUGGAGAUAUUCAUGGGCAAUUCUAUGAUUUAAAAGAACUUUUUAAGGUUGGAGGAGAUGUACCAGAGACAAAUUAUUUGUUUAUGGGAGACUUUGUUGACAGAGGAUUUUAUAGUGUUGAAACAUUCCUUCUUCUUUUGGCAUUAAAGGUUCGUUAUCCUGAUAGGAUUACAUUAAUAAGAGGAAAUCAUGAGUCUCGACAAAUUACACAAGUUUAUGGUUUCUAUGAUGAAUGUUUACGUAAAUAUGGCAGCAUUACAGUUUGGCGAUAUUGUACUGAAAUAUUUGAUUAUUUAUCUCUUUCUGCUAUAAUUGAUGGAAAAAUAUUUUGUGUUCAUGGCGGAUUAUCUCCAAGCAUUCAAACGCUUGAUCAAAUAAGAACUAUAGAUAGAAAACAAGAAGUACCACAUGAUGGUCCAAUGUGUGAUUUACUUUGGUCAGAUCCUGAAGAUACUCAAGGUUGGGGAGUAUCCCCACGUGGAGCUGGUUAUCUUUUUGGAAGUGAUGUUGUAGCACAGUUUAAUUCCGCAAAUGACAUUGAUAUGAUUUGUAGAGCACAUCAAUUAGUUAUGGAAGGAUAUAAAUGGCAUUUUAAUGAGACUGUUUUGACCGUUUGGUCAGCACCUAAUUACUGCUAUAGGUGUGGAAAUGUUGCGGCAAUAUUAGAAUUAAAUGAACAUCUUCAACGAGAGUUCACAAUAUUUGAAGCAGCACCACAAGAAAGUCGAGGAAUACCUAGUAAAAAGCCCCAGGCUGAUUACUUUUUAUAAAAAAAUUUAAUUAAAAAUGACUGCAUAAACUAAAAUAUUUCCAAACGUUUUUUUUUUUUAAAGAAGAAACUAUUUCAAAUGAUUGCAUGAUAUGUAUUUACAUAAACUUAAAAAGAAUUCAUAUAGAAAAAAAGUUUGAUCGUGAGAAUAUUGUAGACAAAAGCUAAUGUUAAUUAAUUUGUAAAUGAAUAUUACCAACAGACUGCUAUCGAUAUUGAAAAAAUAUCAAUUUGAUAUAAUAAAUAUUAUGAGUACAUGUGUUUUUCAA